AGAGCACACAUACAUAAAUCAACUGCUGUGAUGUCACAAGCUCCUAAUCUUAUAAAAUUAGCUUUUACACAACCUAUACGUAAGAGACCACCGAGAGCUAAAAGAAUUCCAUAUACAUAUGGAGAUUAUUUCGCGGUUUUACCAGUUAGGUUUGCAUUUAAUGAAUCACCUGUCUUUAGAUACAUGUGUUAUGGUGCUGUUGUUGGCUUAAUCACUUCAUAUAUUUUCCAAGGAAUGCUUAUGUCACCUGCAAAUAUGGCUGCUUUUAAAGAAAAGAAAUUAAAAGAAAGAAUAACCUAUGAAACAAAAUUUGAUACAUUGGAUAGUGGACAUCAUUAAAUCGCCAUUUCAUGAUUUUAAAUAUUUGCUACUUUUAUUCUUUGUACUUCUAUUAUAAAUUUUAUUAUAAUAAAGUUUGGUGUUUAUAAAAUAUUUCAACUCUUAUUUAAAAUUUGGUUGAAUGUUUGAAAAAAUUAUUUGUCACACAAAAGUACAUUAUAAAUUUUUAAAUCAACCUUAAUAAAUCUAAUAGUAAUUCUAGAAAA